GAAAAUUUUUUUAACCGACGUCGUGUGUGAGUACUGUUUUCGAAAACGUUGGACAACAUGUUGCUGUGUUUGUUUGUAUUGGUUGGUGUGGUUGCGGUUAAAUGUCAAGUGAAUUUAGAGGAGUAUUUUAAAAAUUGCAAACUCAACACACCCACCUUCGAUGCCUGCGUGAAGGAUGGAAUCAACGACCUGAAACCCUUUUAUCAGUCCGGAUUACCAGACUACGGAAUACUGCCAGUGGAUCCAUUCUUUGCUGCUGAAGUGCCACAGAAAAGGAGUGGUCCUUUCUUCAAUUAUAAAUUGGUGCUAAGGAACGUCACUGAGUCUGGCUGGACUCAAUCACAAAUUACUAGUUUUAGGUCUGACUUGAACAAAAAUCAAAUUCAAUACACUCAGUUUUUCCCCGACAAAAGACUGAAGGGUUGGUACGAAAUCAGUGGCACGUUCUUGGGACAAAAGGUGAACAACCAGGGUUCUUGGGACUUGAGAUUAAUCGAUUAUACACAAACAACGACUGCCACGAGAAAACCUUACAGAGAUUUCAAUGGCCUGGAAGUCAAAAACCCAGAACUUAAGGUCAAAAUUGAGAUCAAAACCUGCAAGAAACUGGAACUGCACAUCGGAAAUCUUGCUGGUGGAAGAACCAUUUUCGAAAAUAUGCUGGACUGGAUAAUUAACACGGCCUGGCAACCUGGUUUCGUGGUUCUCAGUCCAUUGAUCAACGAUCUAGUCAGCACGGCUUUUACGGAGAUUUUCAAUAAAGAUUUCCAGUACUUCCCGUUCGAAACGGUUUUUAAAUAAUUUGUUAUUCGACUCUUAAAACAUGUUGUUAAAUAUUAAUUAUAGAUUUAUUUUUGUACAUAUUUUAUUAUUAAAGAUAUACUAAUAAGUUUUAA